GUUGUCUCGGCGGAAGUCUCGCGAGACCAACUUUGCUCCCAGAGGCACAGCGGAGCGGACGAGAGCAGCGGCUGAGCGGUUUCUGGACUCGGGGCGAAAAGAAGCAUCGAUUGCUACAAUGACCAGAGGAAACCAACGUGAGCUGGCACGUGCGAAAAAUGCCAAGAAGAGUGGCGACCAGGGUAAAGGGAAGCGGACCGACGAUGGGCUUUCUGCUGCCGCCCGGAAACAGAGGGAUGCUGAAAUAAUGCAAGAGAAGCAGAAGAAGGCGAAUGAAGUGAAAGAACCCCCAAAGUCAAAGUAAAACAAAAAAAAAGAAAGCUUUUUCAAGAAGUCAAAGAUGGUUUUAACUCACUCUUUGGAGAACAUCCCGUUUUUCGACAUUCUACCUGAUAUUUACGAGAAUGGAUCGGUCAUAUUUUUGUCUAGACUCAAGAAUCCAGGAUCCUACAUUCUUUCCGGGUGCAAAUGACAUGGCUAGUUUGAUUUGUUACUUUACACGGUGAAAAAUAUGUUUCAGCAAGUUGAGAGCUUAUCCUAAGUCGGUGCUGCAUGCAGAGGAGCACCGGCGCUGUAAGCAGAAUAAAGCUGAAGAAAUCUGAACGCAUCCAAGUAACAGUUGUGUAUUUUUGUACAAAAGUGUCCCCUGCUGUUUUCAAAUAAAGUGCAUCUUUUUAGUUCA